UUUAAUUAUUUCGUUACUUAAACUAAACUCUUUACUAAGAAAACAAUCAUUAAAAUGCUUCUCUGUGUGUAGUGAUUACCGUGCGCUAUGGCUUUUUUGUGUCCCGUUCGCAUUCGCCGAGGAAAAAAGAAAAAACCCAUCGGAAGCGACAUCGACAAGGACCUGUCGAGCAGCUUAGGACUAAACCAUGGAAUGGGCCGUAUCACAGGAUCGGCUAGCAUUGAAACGCUUGUUCGCGUUGGAAUUGAGAAGGAACAUGGUCUUAGCCCGGACAGUAAAAUGGUAGUCCUGCACGAUUUUACUCCCUGCGUAGACGACGAGUUGGAAGUGAAACGCGGACAAAUAGUGAACAUUCUCUACCGGGAGAACGAUUGGGUUUACGUAAUUGGGCAAGACACCAGACAGGAGGGGUUCAUUCCGCAUUCGUACUGUGCUCCGUUCAAUACUCAAUUGGCGGAUUUAGCCAUCAAAAAGAAAUUACCCCGGGACAUAUCUGGCUUAGCAAACAACGAUCUAACGGAUGGCAUUCCUGAUAUUAAUAUCGAUGUUAUUGACGACAACACACCUGGACUGGUCGGAUUGACCAAUUCCCUUAAACACUCGCAGGCGAGUCUAAGUUCGGAGCCUGAUUUCUUGCCAUUUUCCAAAGACCCAAGUGGUCGCUACAUUGUUCUAUAUACAUUUAUCGCCCGUGAUGAAAAUGACGUUUCGGUAGAGCGGGGAGAAUUUGUUACGGUGCUGAACCGUGAAGAUCCAGAAUGGUUCUGGAUAGUAAGAAGCGACGGUCAGGAAGGGUUUAUUCCGUCUGGCUUUGUAUACCCCGCGGAAAAUAUUCUUCAGGGACAGACAAAACAAAAUAUAACUGGGGGAAAUGCGGCCAACAAUGCCAUUAAUGUAGGUGCAAUCGAUCCCAAUGCCAAUCUCGCCCAGGUUAAUAUUGGAGGUGCGAAUUUAAAUGGUACGCAGCAACAACCUGGAAUCGGUUCAGACGAUCUUAGGUAUCAUGGAACGGAGCUAGUUAUGCUGUAUGAUUAUAAGGCUCAAGCGCCGGAUGACUUAUCGGUUCGGCGUGGCGAUUGGAUUUAUGCUGAUUUGAACAACCAAACCGUCGAUGGAUGGCUCUGGGCGUAUGCACCGAAAACACGCAAGUACGGAUUCAUACCCAAAGCUUAUGCUCGACCUCCAGCCAUGACCAGUUUGUAAAGAAAGCAAAUUUUAUCUAGGCUAACUUGCUAUCUAAGACAAUAAUUUUAAUUUAAUAUUUUGUUUUGCAACAAUUCCAUUCAUAAGAAAUCACUCGUCUAAUAGACUGUAACAAAGCACUGCAACAUUUUAUUCAGAAACAUCUAAAUCGUUGGAUUUAGAAGAACGGUGUACUUAAUCAAAAUAUUAUACACAUUCAAUACUCUAUUAGAAACUAUUAUUUUAUUUUAUAUACGA